AUGUCCAAUCAAUCUGAAAGUGGAAGGCCCAGAAAGCGGACGAAAAUUGUUCAAACAGCACUGGGAUUCGAUGCCGAAAGGGAGGAAGAUGAUCAUUCUCUUCUGACAAAUGUUUUGCAGUUUGUUGCCACUUCCGAGGUCCUAGCUCGGACCCGUCAAGUUUGUCGUGCCUUUCGAAAAUGCUCAGACGCGAUUGCAUCAGUUCAGACUGCGACGUUGAUUGGAGGAAGUGUCAGACCAAUGAUCGGGCAGUCAAUUGUGGGCCUCCUGCAUGGAGCUGAAGAAACGGAUGAGAGAACGCGUGAUGCCUUGAAAGAAUGGGAUCCCGAGAUUCGGAAUGAGGGUUUUGACAUUGGCUUGCCGACUAAAAAAGAAGAAGAGAACCAAAGGUGGACUAUACUUGCACAAGUCCCCUGUGAUCUCAUGGCACCUGGGGCAAAUGUGCCAGUGACACUCGCACUAAAUGUCCCAAUAGACGAAGAAGAGAACUUGGGCACAUUCACUCGACUCCCCAGAGACUUUUUCCACAUGAACGCGUACCCAAGCGGCACGUUUGUGCUGUGUGAUGUAAGAGACAAGCUUCAUCUUGAAAGGAAUCUGAAUGACACGCUUCGCAGAAUCAAGAGAGAUCUACAUAGAGAACAUGUUGGGUGUCCCCAUAGUCCUGCGCACUCCUUCUAUUACCAGAGGACAGGAGUGAAUCCUGCUAACACAAUUGAAAACCUGCCAUUAUACAAGGAAUAUGUUACAAUGUGCAUGAACAUAUUUUAUGGCUACAAACUUGGGCACCCAAUUCCAAAGCUCGACAUAUUCCGAAAGCUAAUGGAGGAUAGAAGAAACAUGAAAUUUAGCAUGUUUUCGAAUCAAUCCCAACAGGCCUCAAACUAG